AGUGCAAAAUGAUUCAACCUCAAAUUUGAAAAUGAGAAUUUUUUCAACAAUUUAUUUUUUAUUUAUAUACACAUAUAACACAGUAUAUGAUGCUGAUUCUGCAAAAAGUUUACAAAAUUCAAUUUCGUCAGUACAUGAAUAGUAAUACAAGAAUUCAAAUAUUGAAAGAUGCGUUUGGUUUGAAUCUUGACGAAGGUGCAUCAUUUCUCCGCAGUGUUACUCGACAAGAUCCAGACAGUUUCUUACAUGCAAUAAAAAUGUGUAGAAAUCUAGGGUUCACCGAUGAGGAUAUUUUAUCGAAUCCUAAAUUGAUAAACAAGAAGCCGAUAAUAAUGGAGCAACAACACAUGAUUCUAGAAGAAGGAGGUUUCAAUAAAAUUUCACCACAAAUAUUGAUACAGUAUUUAUCGAUUUAUCGUAAGAAAGUGGUUGAACUGAAGUUGUGCAACUAUAUACCAAGUGAAGUUAAUGUAGCAGAGUCAUUCAGCAAAUAUUUUGAUCCUAAACCAGACGAUGGUGUUAUAAACAUUAACCAGUUCAGUGAUGAUGAUAGGUGGAAAGAUGUACAUACUGCUCUGCUGAAGUUGUACUUAGGUUGGAGAUUACAAGCUACAGAGGAGGAAAUAGAAAAAUUAUUUAGAAUACAUAGUAUUGUGAAGAACAAGAGCAUUCGCCUCUUGUGUGAAAAUAUCAAAUUAGCAUUACAAGUUGGAUUGAGUCUAAAACGCAUUCGAACAGCUGGAUAUAUUCUUCAUGGCUAUCCUAAUUAUACUAAGGAAGUUCUCAGGGACUACUCUCAUAUAGCUGGAGGGGAUUUGAAAAAGGCUAUUCCCAGUUGUCCAAAAUUAUUAAUGAUUUCACCUAAGAACUAUGCUAAAAUUUAUGGUUUGUUGAAGGAACAUAAAAUUUCAGAUGAAACAAUAAGAAACAACUUGAAUGUAUUUCAGUAUGCUCCUCAAACAGUUCAAUACCGAUUAGAAGAAAUUGAUAAAUCACCUGAAUUGAGAAUACUGAAACACAAUAAUAAAUUUCUAAAUCUAGUUGUUCACCAUCAAAGAGCCAAAUCAAGACUCAACUAUCUACAAGAACUCAAGAUGAAGUGUCUACCUUUGAAACUCCUGGCUAUAACGAGUCGCAUCGAUAAGCAUGUCUUAAUUGGGGCUGAUUUGAAUGAUUCAAAGGAAGUAGUUGAAUUUCUGAAAUCUUUACUUAAGUGCAGAUCCAAGGAUCUCCAGAAAAGUAUAAAGAAGCAUCCCCAUCAUUGUUCCGUACCACUAGUGAAAAUGGAAGAGACAUACAAUUAUCUCAAAGCCAUAAAGUUCACAGAUGAUGCAAUAUCUGAAGUUGUUGCAAUUCUACUUUAUCCCAAAGAUAACAUUAGAGAAAUAUUGAUACAUAUGAAAAAUGAUCCAAUCUAUAAAAAAGCAGAAAAUCAGCGUGACAGAUUGAAUUAUGUGUUGUAUCAAUUGGAAAAAAAAUUUCAUUUCACAGGAAAUGGCAUCUGGCCUCAGCCUAUGGAGGAGGAAAUGGAAGCAACUUAAUAAAGAAAUUUGAUUA